AUGCAGUUGAGGAAGAUGGCCAAUCAUCCACUGCUGCACGGGCAGCAUUACACCACUACUAAACUGGCUGCUAUGAGUCGACUCAUGCUCAAGGUCAGACCUGAACACUUACUGGUGUUUUAAGAUAAUUACAGUUAUUGAACACAUUUGUAACUGCUAUUGCCAGCUCUACUUCCACUACCACUAAUAUGACAGCUACUGCUGUUUCGUCUACUGUUACCACUACAGCAACUGCUGUUGAUGGGGCUGCUGGAAGCUAAGGGUAUUACAGUGUGUAUUGUGGUCAGUCUGUGAUUGCUUUGACUCUUGGCCCCAUCAGGAGCCGACCCACCGUGACGCAGAUCAAGGAGGAUAUGGAGGUCAUGACAGACUUUGAGCUGCACCGGCUCUGUCUGCAGUACCCAUCUGUACAAGACUAUCAGCUGAACACAGACAUGUUCCUGGACUCAGGAAAACUCAGCCUGCUCACACAGCUUCUGACCUCUCUCAAAAAGCAGGUGUGAAAGUGGAGUGGAAGUUGAACAAAUGGAGACAGCGUCUUUAUUAUGCACUAGUAUGCCUCACCCGUAAUGACCCAGCUAUAGCCAUCUCCAUCUCCCUGGGGGUUUCUUCUCCCCCAUAAAACCAGUCACCCUUUUAUUCCCCAUUCCUCUACCUUUGUCAGACACUUCAUCGCUUCCCUGCUCUCAAUUACAAUCACUCUUUCCUUGGCUUUCCCUCUUCCAACAUGCAGUCAACCACAUUUCUCUCUGAUCCCUCCAGUCCUGUAGUCAUUAAUCACAGUGACUGUGUUUCUCUGUCAGGGGGAUAGAGUGGUGCUCUUCAGUCAGUUCACCAUGAUGCUGGACAUUCUAGAGGUUUUCCUGAAGCACGUGAAGCAUCGCUACAUUCGAUUGGAUGGGUCAAUGCCCAUGUUUGACAGGUAGGAAUUGUCUGAUGAAUCAAGGACGUUGUACUCUGUCCCUACAUCUGCAAGGCAAAUAAUGUUUUACCAGACUUAACUUACUAUUAUGUUCAUUGAGUGCCUAUAGCAGAGGCUGUACUUGUUUAGAAACUAUAUAUCAAAUUAGUUAUGUUUCAUUGAGCUGUUAAUUUAUCCCCGAAUAGUAUAUGACAGGCAUUUGUCAUUUAGGAAUGGAUUGACAAGUAGUUUGGACUGAAAAUGGUCACAGUCAGGGACUCUGGACAUUAUGCAAAUUAAACUGUUAAUCACAAAAACAUUUACAAAAAUUAAUAUUUCUUAUUAAUAUAAAUCUCUUUAUGUCAAUGGGGGGGGGGGGAAUAGCAAACUGAUUAUUUAGCUCCAAGUCUCUCCCAUCCUCUUGUAGAAUUAUGCUGAUUGACCAGUGCAACACAGAGCUGGACAUCUUUGUGUUCUUGAUGUCUACUAAGGCUGGGUGCCUGGACAUCAACCUGACCUCAGCCAAUGUGGUCAUCUUGCAUGACAUCGAUUGCAACCCCUACAAUGAUAGGCAGGCAGAGGACCGCUGUCACUGCGUCGGACAGAUAAGGUCAGUGAGGAGGGGGAAACUGUUUACACACAAGCAUUUUGCUAAUGUUACCCGCUAUACCCAUGUGCUUUUUUGUGUGCUUCCUUUGAACUUGUGUUGCUCAUACACUAGAUAUGA